AUGCAUCUGGUCAAGUCAAUUGCGACGGGAUUGCUGCUCGCUGGCUGCGUACUGGCAUCAGCAGUCCCUAAGGCAGCGCCAGCGCCAGUAGCCCAGCAUCAUCCUCACAAGAUUACACCCAAGGUGUUCAUCGUCUCUAUGUUCAAACCCGAAGCCGCUGUCUGGUGGAACAUCCCCGAGUUUGAUCUCUUCGCGCACAACAUCACAGUUCCCGGUGCUUCACCCGUCUAUCCCGAUAUCUACUGCACCGCCGACUACAGCAUCUGCCAGCUGAUCACCGGCGAAGGCGAAGUCAACGCAGCCGUCACCGUCUCCUCGAUCGCCUUCUCCCCCCUCUUCGACCUCACGCACACCUACUUCCUGAUCGCAGGCAUCGCCGGCAUCAACCCCAAGGUCGCCACCAUCGGCGGCGUCACCUUCGCCCGCUAUGCCGUGCAAGUCGCCCUGCAGUACGAGAUCGACAUCCGCGACCUCGGACCAAACUACACUUCCCCCUACAUCCCCCAGGGCGCCUACGCGCCCGACCAGUACCCAGGCAGCAUCUACGGCACCGAAGUGUUCGAAGUCAACGCCGAGCUGCGCUCGCUAGCCGCCUCCUUUGCCCGCACGGCGCAGCUGGCCGACUCAGAGACAGCCAAGGCCUACCGCGGCAAGUACGUCACAGACAAUGGCACCUACGCAGCCGGCACCCAGGCCCCCUCCGUCGUGGAAUGCGACGUCACCACAAGCGACGUCUACUUCAGCGGGACAACCCUCGACGACGUCUUCGACAACACCAUUAGUGUUCUGACGAACGGGACGGGCCUGUACUGCAGCACCGCGCAGGAGGACAACGCGACGCUCGAGGCGCUGCUGCGCGCUGCAUCGCACAACCGCGUGGACUUCUCCCGGAUUAUCGUCAUGCGCACGGCGUCUGACUUUGAGAGGCCGUAUCCCGGUCAGUCGGCGAUUGAUAAUCUGCUGUAUGCGGACCAGGGCGCGUUUGGGCCUGCGCUACAGAAUAUCUACAAUGCGGGGAUCAAGGUUGUGCAGGGCAUUAUGGACGGUUGGAAUAAGACGUUUGCGGCUGGUGUCAAGCCUAGUAAUUAUAUUGGGGAUGAGUUUGGGACGCUGGGGGGGAAGCCGGAUUUUGGGCCGGGGACGACGAUUGCCCGGAAGGAGGCGAAUGCCUUGAGGAAGAGGGGAGUGGCUAAGCGUGGAAGACGGUUGUAG